AUGAAGAUGAGAGAAAAUUAUGAGAAGGAAGAGUUGGGGGAUUUUGGAACAGGAGAAUUGAAUGAGGAGUUCAUAGUGGAACAGUUGAAUAAGGAGGAUUAUAAAGAAAUGAUUAUGACGAAGUUUAAGAAGCUACAAAUGUUAACCGAUAAUGGACUCGAUAAAUUCCCUGCAAAUGAGGAGAGGGAAAUGAAGCAGAUAAGAAUAAUGGAGGGCAAAAAAAAUAAAGGAGGAGGAGAGGAAAAUGAGGAAGAAAACAAGGAUAAGGGAACUGAAGGCAGUGAUAACGUUAUAGGAGGAGAGGAAAAUGAAGCAUAA